GCAGUCAGUUUCACAAUUCAAUACGAAAGCUGUUUGUUGGUUGUGUGAGUCAUUCGUUAACGAAUAAUCGUGUUAAAAUCAUGUGUAUUUUCGAUUAGAUCACGUCGAAAAUCAUCGACAUGUGAUUAAACGCGUGUGAUUGUGACGAUUUUCGGGCGGAUUCGCGUCAUAAAGUUAUUACCCAAACCUAACCUCACUUUUUCAUUUGACGGGUUUUUGACGGUUGAAGUUUUAAUGUUUUUGUUGGUUAUGGGAAGUUAAGUAAAGGAAACGGACUGGAAUUAAUAAAAUUAAGGAUUCUUUAGUUUUAUAAUCUUUCCGGAGAAAAUUAUUUACUUACACUGACAGUUCGCGAUUUUUUUUUUUGGUUAGGAAAACUUGUGGAAAAAACGAUUAAAUUAAAGGAAAUUGGGGGAUUCGUGUUGGAUUUGGAAUGAGUAGAAGUUAUUACGAUAAAAGCGAGAAUAGGGACGGAUUUUUGUUAACGGGCGUUGAAUCUUCCCAAGUAAUGGAUUGUCUCCAAUUACGCCAAUCAGCUCCGUUUCAUUACUUAAUCAGCGAACAAGCAAAAUCCUUAGUUGCUUUACAAGAGCUUCAACAUGAAGUUGGGGCUUUAUUGGAGUUCCGCGAUUUGGUUAUCGAAACAUUUCCAAAUUUACGCAGCAAAAUGGGAUCAUCAACACCAACCACCAUGACAACAACUCACUCAUCCUCAUCAUCAAACAUCCCAGUAGCCGUACGAAGAGAUUGGGAACCCGGAGUUCGCGUCCGCAGAAAAUUAAACACCAGUAAAGAGGAGCGUUCGAAAAAAACCGAAUCCACCAUUCAAGAUUCGGGUUUUAGUACCGAAACGUCAAGUAAAGAAACGCAUAGCUCUUCCGCUAUGACGACCACAGCGAUGAACGUUGAAAGUGAAGAUGAAUUAUGGAACUUAUUGGAUGUGAUUCAUCGGAAAGGGACGAGAUUAAAAAACGAAGUUGAAGCUUUACAAGGAGCGUUACAAAACAAUUUACCGGCUCAACAACAACAACAGGAAGAACCAAACUUUCAAAGGACAUUAUUUCACGCUUCUUCCGCCGACGAUAUUCGUCAAUUAAAACGCGAAAGGGAUUUGUUAUUGGAUAGGGUAGCCGAAAUGGAAGCGGAAGUGAUCGCCGCAUCUCGGUUACAAGAAGAUUUCGAAAAUUUGCUAGCUACUAAACACGAUUUAGAGAAACAGUUAAAAGCGGUGUGUUCUCAAAGGGGCGAAAUUAAUUCGCGAAUACGCGAUAUGCAUUUAGAAUUUGUGGGGAAACCGUCGCCGGAAAAACAAAACAGAAUGUCUCGCAGAGACGUUACUAGUCAUCAAAGGACUACUACGAAUGUGAUUGGGUUUAAUAAUGGUGAUUUUAAUGACAAUGAUAGUGAUAAAAAGGAGGAUUUGAGUGAUUUACCAAAAGUUUUGGUGCCUGAUCGACGGAAAUUUGAAGCCAUUUUAAUGGAACAUGAUCCGUUGGUUUUACAAAAGUGUUUAUUGACAAGUACAGUGGAAAAUCAGGUUCUUCAAUGCAAACUAGAAACGGCCACCAAAAAAGAAAUCGGUUUAGUUGGCGAAUUAGAUCGAACGCGCGAAGAAAACGAAGAUUUAAAAUUCCAGCUUGAAGAUAAAAACAUUGAACUCGAAGGAACAAAAGCGCGCGUUCGAGUUUUAGAACAACUCCAAAAACCUCCACAAUCAUCCGCGCCAUCGCCGGAUGUUAUACCCGCAUCGGAAUCACCCCCGAAUCACCUCGAACGGAUGUCCAGAUCGGAAAUAACAACGGCCAGUAUGAAAGCGAUGAGUCCGUUUCCGUUAACGCUCCAAUUGGAUCACUCCUCAAGCACGGAGUCGGCUCACGAUCAAGCGACCAACGAGGCCGCAACUCGGAAAUCAACCAAUAAUAGUAAUAAAUCAAAACAACCGAGUAAAAUUCCCUUAAAAUCAUACGCGGCACCAAAACCACCGAUAAACAACAAUUCGGGUAAUCCAUCGAGUUAUAAGAGUAAUCAUAGCAAUAACAGUUAUAAAAGCGGUGGGAAUUUUAGUAAUAAUUAUCAUAAUAAAAGUGGUAACCAUCACCACCAUAAUAGUCAUCAUCACCAUCACAAUAAUGCACCGCGUAGUCGUAGUGGGGAUUCAUUAAAUAGAUCGCACAGUGCACAAAGUUGGCGAAAUAAUUACAAAAAUAAUCAUGGAGGAGGAGAUUUAAAAGAUUCGAUGGGGGCGAGUUUUAAUUCCGGAAACGGCGGUUUAUCAACGAAUUCAAGAGGAACGUUAAGAAAAGCAUCCUCUUCGGCAACUUCCGGUUCGAUAACAUCGUCUUCUUCGUCGUCGGUGAGAAGGAGCGGAAGUGUUAGGGACUCGCCGUCGUCUUCGUCGGAUCCAUCAAAGGUACGAAACAAACUGUCGUUCUGGAGCAACUUUUUGAAAAUACUCGACAACGGUCCGGCGUGACUUCAAAAUCAAUAAAAUAAAAAUACGACGGCUUCAGAGUCGAAGUCGUCUCCGGGGGCGUCUGGCGAUGAAAUCUGAAAUCGUUGGUCGUUUAGGGGGUCACAACAACCACUACUGCCACCAACCUCUAAAUAUCUCUAAAUCUCGUAUCUCUGUGUGUGUGUUUUUAUUACGCAGUAAGUCAUCGCUUAUUUUAUUUUUAUUUAUUAAUUUUUUUUUAUUUGGUUUUUUGAUUAGUCAUUGUAUCAAUUUUUACGUUAUCUCAUCUUGUUAUUAUGUUUUUUUAGUUUUAUCUCAUCCGCUUUGCUUUAAUUUUUUU